AUGGCGAGUGCGACAGCCGCAAGCUCAAUCGCUGCUCCCUCAAGUGCUGCCGUGCCUCAACACCGUCACAUCUGGAUCAUAACAGGACCAGCUGGAUGCGGAAAGACUUCAGUAGCAGAAUACCUCGCCAGCACUUUCACAUUGCCCUAUCUAGAAGGCGACAGCUUCCACCCCCAAGCCAACAUUGAAAAGAUGGCCAACAACAUCCCCUUGACCGACGCCGACCGCUGGGACUGGCUAAUCCUCCUCCGCGACCAAGCAGUCGCCGCUCUCUCCUCUGGCGCCUCCGGUGUCGUCCUCACCUGCUCAGCACUCAAGCGGAAAUACCGUGACGUCAUCCGAGUGGCCUCCUACAACGACAACAACGUGCUCGUUCACUUCAUCUACCUCUCUGCAACACAAGAACUUUUGCUGCAAAGGGUGCAUGGCAGAGUUGGACAUUACAUGAAGGACAGUAUGGUCAAGAGUCAGUUCGACGCGCUGGAGCCGCCGACGGUGGAUGAGAGGGAUGUUAUGAGUGUGGAUGUGAGUGGAGAUUUUGCUAGUGUGCAGCAAUUGGCGCUGGAGGUUGUGAAUCAGGUCAUGGCUUCGGAUGCUGUUAUUGUUCAGCCAACACAAGCAUAA